UUGAGGGAGGCAGCAAAGCCUCCCACGUCUUCUCCCUCUUCUCUCAUUUUCUUCUUCCGUUCUUCUUCUUUCUCUUCUAUAAAUAGAGGGUUCAGCCAUUAAAAAAAUAUGAGAGAAUUCACAACAGAAUUAUUAUACUCUUACAGUUUUAAUACUAGUGUUCUAGUUCGUUGCUAGAUUCUGAAGUUGGUGCUAACUGUAAACUAUUGUAUUCUGGGAAACAUACACUAAUUAGCCUCUAGCACUUUCUGUGAGGCUGUGAAUCUGUUUUAAGGGAACUGUAUGUUAUACAGGCCUAGGUUUUAUCAUCCUCUCAUAUGUUGUUAUGCUUUUAUUUUUUCUUGCACAAUAUUGUAUUAUUUCAAUAUUUUUGUACUACUGGUUUAAAUACAGUAUUAUAAUCAUUAUUAUAAUUAUAUUUUUGAGCAAUAAUUACAAUAUUAUAAAUAUAAUUAUUGUUUGGCUAACAAUAUAAUUAUUUUAUUGUGGUUGGCUAACAAUCUUAAAUCAAAGAAUAAAGGGCAGAGAGUAUGAGUACGUUGAAGAAAAUUUUUAUUAUAUUUUUCUAACAAUUCGAACGGUAAUCACUUUAUUUCUCUUUAGAUACGUGUGAUUCUUUUUCUUUUUAAUAUGGAUUUUCUUUCAGUUGCUCCAUCAAGUUGCUCCAGUGUUGAUCACUGCAUUUUUUUUCUUUGCCUAUAUGUGUUUAUAUUCCGUCAAGAUUGAUGUGUGCUCGUUUAUUUGUUAAGAAACUAAUUGUCAAUUUAUCAUGAAUCUGGUAACUGAAGAAACUGUCAAAAAAAAAAGAAAGAAAGAAAGAAGAAGAAGCACAUCUAUCAAUAUUCUUUUUAUUAUUUAUAAGUUCAGUGUUGUCUGCUUGUUUAUUGUUUCAAUGGCGAGUUUCUGCUUAGAGUUUGUAACUUUCAGCUAUAUCAUCAUGCAUCCUUUUGUCUUAGGCUACAAAUAUUUUAUUUUUUUAUGCAUAUGAUGAAUUCUCGACUACAGAACGAUAGUAGAAGUGCCAAUCUGGUGUAUUGACACUCUAUAUGAUUGCCUAGGUAUCUAGAGGUUCACAUUCCUACAAUUUUAUCACUCUUUGUUGCCGAGUGAAGAUGAUUUGUCUGAAAAUAUUUGGAGUUUGUGUGUGACAGUACGCAUUCUCAUUCAUAAGCAUCAUUGUUCCUGGUGAAGAAUUAUGAGUCUGAAGCUUUUUGUCCUGAAACUACAUCAAGGGCUAUUCUUCUUUACUGGUUCAAGAUAGACUAUACUGAUUGUUCACAUGGACAAUGAAUGAAAACCAUAAAAAGGUUAACCAUCUGCAAAUAUCCCUGGAUGCAUAUUCGCAUUUGAUUGGUCUCAAGGAUCAAGUUAAUGCUUUAGAAGGCCAAGUUAAAUUGUGGCAAGAAGAAGUGCAGGAUUUGAAUGAACAGCUAUCUGCUGCUAAUUCAGAGAUAAAUGUCAAAAAUAAUCUGGUGAAACAACAUGCAAAAGUUGCUGAAGAAGCUGUUUCAGGAUGGGAAAAGGCUGAUGCUGAAGCUUCAGCAUUGAAGCAUCAACUUGAAUCUGUCACACUUUUGAAGCUUACUGCUCAAGAUCAGGCAUCUCAUCUAGGUGGUGCUCUUAAAGAGUGCAUGAGGCAGAUCCGAACUGUGAGGGAAGAAAAUGAGAAGAAAUUGCAUGAAGUAGUUCUCACCAAAACCAAGCAGUGUGACAAAAUCAAGCUUGAUCUCGAAGCAAAAAUAGUGGACUUGGAUCAAAGGCUUCUUAGAUCAGCUGCUGAAAAUGCUGCACUUUCUAGGUCAUUGCAAGAACAUUAUAGUAAGCUGAUGAAAAUCAAUGAGGAAAAAUCCCACGCUGCGAUUGAGAAUGAGCUUCUGAAAGAAAAAGUUCAAUCAUAUGAAAAGGAGAUCAAUUCACUUAAGUAUGAACUGCAUGUACUUACCAAGGAACUUGAUAUCCGCAAUGAAGAAAAGAAUAUGAGCCUAAAGUCAGCUGAAGCUGCAAAUAAGCAGAAUUUAGAGAGUGCCAAAAGAAUUGCGAAAUUAGAGGCAGAGUGCCAAAGAUUAUGUGGCCUUGUAAGAAAAAAGUUGCCUGGUCCAGCUGCAAUGGCACAAAUGAAGCAGGAAGUUGUGAGUUGGGGACACAAUCUUGGUGAUUCUCGAUCAGUACUGCAGAGGUCUUUGGGUAAGAACAGUAAACCAACUUCAUUGCCAGAAUUUUCCACUGAUUACAUGAGACCCGAUCAUAAGGAGACCGAAAUCAUUACUAAAAGAUUCUUGGCCAUGGAAGAAAUGAAGAUGCUGAAAGAAGCAUUGGCUACACGGAACAGUGACCUGCAGUCUUCAAGGGACACUUGUUCUAAAAUGUCUGGGAAGAUAAAAGAUUUAGAAGUACAACUACAGAUCCUAAAGCAACAGAGGAGCUCGCCAAGGUCAAUUAUUGAGGUUUGUACAGAAGGUUCAAGCCAAAAUGCAAGCAAUCUUCAGAGUGUAUCCUCGUCUGAAGAUGGUUUAGAUGGUUAUGGAGUAUUUUCCAGGUCUUGGGUGAUGACUUCUGUCUCUGAUUUAUCUAGUAUAGAAGAAUAUAAGCACAUUGAUAAAGGGAUUCAUCUUUCAAAUGCAAAUUCACUAGAUCUCAUGGACGACUUUCUUGAGAUGGAGAGAAUGGCUCAUUCUGCUAAUAAUUCUGACAAGGUCUCAAUUUCAUGGAGUUCAAAUUGUAUAACAAAUAAAAAUGAUAACUGUGAUGCUUCUAUUGAUAUUGUUAAGAAUGAUAAACUUCUUCAGUCUGAAUCACAGUCUGCCAGGAAUCCAUCAUAUGACCAGGUCCCAGAUGUGAAAGGUGGUAGUAAAGUGAUAGAGAUUAAUGUGGAUCAGUUUCUAUUGCCGGAGCUCUUAUCAAGAAUUUCAAUUUUCCUUGAGACUAAGACUAUGGACACUGAUAUGAGUAAGCUGUUAGAGGAUGCCAAAUUUUCUAUUCAGGAAAUAAAAGAAUCCCUUGCUUGUUGCUCAUUUAGGUAUUUUAAAAAGGGACAUCCUGAUAAUGUUCCAAACAAUCUGCAGACUUGUCCUCAUGAAGGCACCAUCAAUAACAAGAUCUUGUUGACUAAAUGCAGUAAACUGUGUAUUGGUACACAGGAUAGUAGUAAUAAAAACUUGGUGCUUGCUGUUUAUCAUAUUCACCAAUGUGUUAUAUCUGUGCAGUUGUGUAAUGAAAGCCAUGAUUCUUCUACAAUUGGGCAUGUGCAUAUUGAGGAUUAUGAGGACUUCUCUGCCUCUGUGGAUAAAUUUCUUUUGGACAAAAUAAGUCUAGUUGACUUAGUCGUUGACCUUUCACGCAUUUUGGUACAAGCCAGCGACCUGAAGUUCACUGUCAUUGGCAGUAAAGGGCAGGAGGGGGAAAUCACUAGUUCUGACCAACACAGUUCUCCUGAUGGAUGUGGCAAUAUUCCUCACUCUAAUAAUCCCAAGACUCUAACUGAGGCAAAUAUGAACCCUAGCUUUGCCUUGAAUUUGACAUCAUGUAAAUGUUCAUUGGAACUGGAACAGCUGAAAUUAGAGAAAGAUAGCAUCGAGGCAGAGCUUGCUAGAUAUAGUAAGGAUUUUGAGUCUACAAAAUUGCAGUUAGAGGAAAUGGAAUUGCUUCUGUCAGAAGUUAGAUCAGAGCUCGCAUCUUCUAAAAAAUUGAACAUCUUGACAGAGACUCAGCUCAAAUGCAUGGUAGAAUCUUAUAAGUCUCUUGAAACCCAUGCUGAAGAGUUAGAAGCAAAUGUGAAAUGUUUACGAAAGGAAAAAGAGAGUUUGAAUACCAUGCUUCAGGAAGAAAAGUGCAGUCAUCAAGAUGCUUUAGCCAGAUGCAAGGAACUUGAAGAUCAAAUCCACAGGCUAGAAUUUUAGUGACGUGUUUUUGUGACACAUCUUUGCAAAUACAAAUGCAGUACAUUAUCCUGUUCAUACUAUCUUAAUUCUGAACUCCUAAAAAUUUGUUUGAUAUUGUAUUGACCGAAUCACAAACAAUUAUGAUAACUCAGUUGUAUUUU